UUUUGAUUGAUUGAUUGAUUAUUUUACCAAAUACGCAGAAGAAAAAAAAAAUCUUUCGGGUAAUAGAAAGACAACCGACAAUAAACAACCAACAAGUUAUUAUUGACUAAACAAGAGAAAACCAAAAACGAAAAAUGGAAGAACAAAUCGAACGAUUACGUAGAAAUUAUAAUGAAGAUGUACAUAAAUUGAAAAAACAAUUUGAAGAAGAAUGUCGAUUAUUGGAUGAACAUAUGGAAAAAGAGAUUACAAUGGAAAGAAAUUAUAUGGAAAAUUGUAAUGAAAUUGAAAUUGGUAAAUUAAAAGAAGAGAUGGAAAAUAAAAUCGAAACAUUGAAUAAAAAUCGUUAUCAAUCAAUAGAAAAAAAUGAAGCUGAUAAUAGUCAAGAAAUUAAUGCAGCAAUGGAAAAAAAUCGUGAACAUAUUGAAAAAGAAUUAGCACGUGAUCGCGAAUCAUUUGAAAUAGAAUGUAGAGAACGACGACAACGUUUUGAAGAACAAAUGAAAUUAUUGUUAGUUGUUACAGAUCAGCGACGAAUUGAAUAUCUUAAAGUAGAAAAUGUACCAUUUGUUAAAGCAAAUGGAACAAUAAAAAUAACCGAUGAAUCAUUAUUGGAUUCACGUUAUCGUUUGAAAUUUACACGUAAUGCUAUAAGAUCAGCACAAUCAUGGGCAAUGUAUCGUGGACAAUAUCAGGACAAACCAAUUAUUUGUCGUGUAGUAGUUAUAUCGAAGAUACCAAAUGAAAUUAGAGCAAAUAUGGAUCAUUCAACAAAAUGUUACAGAUACCUAUGUGAAAAACAACGACAAGCCGAUCAUAGUUAUUUUGUUGAUUUAUAUGAAAUAUUUUCAACUGAACAGAAAAUUUAUAUUGUUACAAAUGAAUAUUCAUCGAAAACAAUGUUAGAUGUUAUACAACCGCAACGUCUACGUUCACGAUCCAUGACAACAAAAAUAACAUAUAACGAAGAUAAUCUAAAAAGAUGGUUAGGACAAAUAUGUGAUGCAUUGAAUUUUAUGCAUACAUUGGCUGUUGCACAUCUAAAUCUACGUUUAGAUAAUAUUAUAUUUGAUGAACAUCAAAAUAUACGAUUAGUUGGUUUAAGUCAUUUAUUUUGUUAUUUUAAUUUGGAUCAAGAAAAAUUUGUGAAAGCACCACGUGUAUCACCAACAAAUGUAUAUGAUCAUUUACCACCAGAAUGUUUUGAUGGUGAUUUUGAUGCUUGUCGUGCUGAUGUUUGGAGUUUUGGUUUGUUAAUAUAUGAAGCGCAUACACGUUCAAAUCCACGUAAACAAUUAUUAACAAUAUCAAGAGAAAAAGGACGUAGCCAAACACGAAGUAUGAAAAAAGUUAUUGAUCGACAAAAUGUUAAAUUUCCACCAUUUGAUUUUGAUAAAAUUCAUAAUCAAUCAUUACGACAAGUAUUAGAAUUAAUGUUGAGCAAUUAUAAUCCAUUUGCUCGACCAAAUUUUGAACGAAUUCAAUCGUAUGAAUAUUUUCAUCAUCAAUCACAACAAUAACAAAUAAAUAACAUUGAUGAUUUAUAAUCCAAAAAAAUUAAACAUCACUAUCACUAUUUGUUUACUUUGAAAUUUAUACCAUACAAAA